UCAUAUCCUUUCCUUAACCUUCACGCCUCAUUUAAAAAGGUUCAACCUUUUAACCAAUCUCUGAGUUUUCCUUUGACCCUUUUCUUACUUCACCUUUAAACUCCUUCCUAACUCUUUAAAUUCUCACUUUUUCAUUCACUUCAUUCACAAAACACAAAAAAGUGAAAAAAAAAAACACUACACUACACUAAACUAAACUCAAGUUACUACUAGUAUUUUUUCAUGGAUCCUUUCAAAGAAAAAGCAAAGUGUGUAUGGAUUCAUGGACCUAUCAUUGUAGGAGCUGGUCCUUCUGGUAUAGCAGUAGCAGCUUGUUUAUCAGAACAAGGUGUUCCAUCUCUCAUUCUUGAGAGAAGUGAUUGCAUAGCUUCACUAUGGCAAAACAAAACCUAUGACCGUUUAAAACUUCAUUUACCAAAACAAUUUUGUGAACUACCUUUGAUGAAUUUUCCUCAAACUUUUCCUAAAUAUCCUACAAAACAUCAAUUCAUUUCCUACAUGGAAUCUUAUGCUGAUCAUUUUGAUAUUCAUCCUAAGUUUAAUCAAACUGUUCUUAGUGCUGAGUUUGAUUCAAGUUCUGAAAUUUGGAUUGUUAAAACACAUGAUGGUUUUCAGUAUUUUUCACCUUGGCUUGUUGUUGCUACUGGUGAAAAUGCUGAACCUGUUAUUCCUAUAAUUCAUGGUAUGGAACAUUUUCAUGGUCCUGUUGUUCAUACUAGUGAUUAUAAAUCUGGUUCUGAGUACAAAAACAAAAAGGUUUUAGUCAUUGGUUGUGGUAAUUCUGGUAUGGAAGUUAGCUUAGAUCUUUGUAGACACAAUGCUAUCCCUCACUUGGUUGCUAGAAACACAGUACAUAUUCUUCCAAGAGAUAUGUUUGGUUUCUCAACAUAUGGAAUAGCUAUGUCAUUAUACAAAUGGCUUCCAUUAAAAUUAGUAGACAAGUUUCUCUUAUUAGUGGCAAGCUUCCUUUUGGGAAACACAAACCACUAUGGUAUCAAAAGGCCUAAAACUGGUCCUAUAGAGCUUAAACUUGCCACAGGGAAAACUCCUGUUCUUGAUGUUGGUCAAAUUUCACAAAUUAAAUCUGGUAACAUUAAGGUGAUGGAAGGAGUGAAGGAAAUAACAAGAAAUGGUGCAAAAUUUUUGGAUGGACAAGAAAAGGGAUUUGAUGCAAUAAUCUUAGCAACAGGAUACAAGAGCAAUGUGCCUAGUUGGCUUAAGGGGAAUGAUUUUUUCACUAAAGAUGGAAUGCCAAAAACACCCUUUCCUCAUGGUUGGAAAGGUGAGCAAGGAUUGUAUACGGUGGGGUUCACAAGAAGAGGUCUACAUGGAACAUACUUUGAUGCCAUCAAAAUUUCUGAAGACAUUACUAAGCAAUGGAAAACACUUAAGAAUAAGAGUUGUAGUGAUUCACAUAUCAUACUACUUAACAAAUCAUGAUCAUAUAGACCUUAUUAAAACAUUAAUAAUAAGGUUUAAUUAUCAAGUUUUUUAUUUGUUAAGGAGAAGAUAAAUGGAUUGAAGAAUACAAAGUUGGGGGGUAAUUUGGAAAUUGUACUAGCUAGUUUUUUUUUCCUUGUUCUUUUUUAUUUUUUGUUCUUGGUUUUCUGUGUAUGUACAAUUUUGUAUUUAGGAGCAUACGCUUUUUUAACUACUCAAGUGUUAGCUUUUUGUACAAAA